AUGGUGCGAUGCAUGUAUGAGACAGACGAUGCUGUUGAUGGUGAAGUUCGUUUCGGUGUUACAGUCCCUGAGGUACCCAAGCGUAGAUAUGUUACAUCUGCUAGUUUUUGCAACGACCCAUGGGGACAAGGUUACUUGCCACAGCCACCGCCAAUCCCAUUGAUGUCCAAGUUUUAUUCAUGGCUAUCUGGGGACAAUGGCUUCUAUUUGAAUGGGUUCUGGUUUGUGGAUCCAUACCCUAGAAUGCUUGAGGUGAAUGCAGUGUGUGUGCAGCAACAGUUUUUGGGUGUGAAGGCGCUCGACCAUGAGGUGGCAACGCUUGUUUUGCGGAGAUUCUACCAAAUGGAUGCUGCUACAGCCCCGGUGAACAAAUUCAUGAUGUGGAGGGAAGUGCUCGAGCCGGAUUUCAUGAUACAUGCACUUGCGGGGGGAAAAGUUGUGCACGUCAAGUCAGUACAGAAUCAGUUUGUGGGUGCUCGCCAUGACAUCACAGCGUGUCGAAUGUUCUUUGCGUUAGUCAUGCUGGACCAGGGGUGCUCGGCAUACAUGUGGGACAUGCUACGGAAGGAUAUUCAUGUGUUGGAUCCGAUGUGUGCCCAAGUUGCAGGGGGACAUCAGCGUCGAAUGAUGCAUGAGGAAGCUGUGUCGCAGAUGCACAAUGCGUUGUUUUCAUGUUUAACUGAAUUCUUCGCAAAGUGGCAUUGUACGUCAGAUAGAUGGAAACAGAGGUUUCCCAGAAUAACGGAAGACAUUUUCACAAGGGAAGAGUCUGGUUUGUGUGCCAUUCAUGUGAUCCGUCAGUAUGACGGAGUAAAACUCAAGUGGCCCCUAAACAAGGGGGAGGUGCAAAGUUUCGCACAUAUGAUUAUGGUCUUCAAGACGACACACAAUCUGCCUGGCACACGAGUUUGUGGAAGUUCACUCGAUGAUCUGCUCGUACAUGAUGUUGGGGUAGUCACCAUGGUUGCCCUUGAGGGUCAGAACUUCAUAGGCCAUCUCCUUCCGAAGGUAACUACGGGUACGGGAAUGGUAUGGCGUUGGAGGACACGUCAAUCGCCCACGAUCACCUGUCAGACCACAGCAGCAGUACAUUUGAGAGGUAAUGCUAUGUGUAUCAGCUGAAAAUGUUAUGGGGAUUUAUCCACACACCUGGACGUUCAUCGGGGGUGACAUCAUUGUCCAAGUUGAGUGCACGGGGUGCCUCUGGGCAGACUGCUUGUGCAAUGAUCGCGUGAUCUUCAGGGAACCCAGGAGCACGCAGCUUUGGUGAUGGUGUUGCAAACGGUUCUACUUGUGGAUGCCCUGUUAUUCAACGAUUAUGUAUGUAUGAGUUGAAGGCAGGAACAGUAUCAUGUUGUUUCAAUGUCUGAACAAUGUCUUGCAAUCAUAGGAAGUAUAUGCACACCUGAAAGAUGCAUUAGCGAGUCCGCACAGACCAUGUUUACGCGUGCUUCAUCCACUUCAUCUGAUGCAAAUGUGGUUGUAUAGCAGGAAAGGCAGUUUUUUUGUCAUUGAAAAGGAGAACCAUUUUUUUGCCUAAACAAUGUUUGAUUUGAACAAAUUAGAUGACACUUUUGUUUUUUACCUGUAGUAUGA